AUGCUUGAAGUACUAUUCUUAAUUUAAUUAUUUGAGAAAACAUACUAAUUAAUAAUAAAAAAAAAAUGAAAACUAACCUCUAUAGCAAAAUUCAACUAAAACACAAUACUAUAAUAUAUAAAUAUACUAAUUUAAACCAUAUUUUCUACAGUAUCACGAUCUGACUUUGUAGAAACAUCUGUACAAGUAACAAUGUAGACAGUAUUCACACGAAGACGGCAGACUGGACAUAUUUUAUUGAUUCGAGUCCAGUCAUUAAUGCAAGAUAAGUGAAACAGAUGUUUACACUUCUUCAUCUCAACAACCACUUUAUUAUCUUCCAAUAAUGGUUCCAAACAUAUAACACAUUCAUCAUCUUUGAAAUUAUCUCUUCUAACGUUAUGUUUCCUAAAAAAACAUAACAGAUUGAUAAUGCAAGAUUGUUUUGCAUGAUCAACGACUAUUAUUGGAGGUUCUUCAUCAUCGCGGCGAUGAUCAACCUUCAUGCACAUACACACAAAAGCAAAACACACGGGUAUUAGCAUGCCUAUAAUUAAUAAAAGCGUAAGUAUUAUGUUCGACGUAGUAAUUAUGUCCAUGUUAAUUUUGUUGAACUCGAUCGAUGUUAAAUAACAAUAGUGUAAGAUGAUACUUAACUAAAAGAAACUCCAAAAUUUUGUAAACUUAAUUGUGUUGAUGAUGUAAGUCUAUAGCGAAUGAUAUAUUUAUAGGUAUAUUUUAUUCCUAAUGUUAAUAGUAUUAGUAUAGAGUAUCUUAAAUUUCUAUAUGUAUUAUAAAUCUGCAAUAAAAAAGAUAAAAAUAAAUGAUAUACAUUUAAAUGAAGAUUUUUUUAAAAGAUUAUUAAUUUAUGGAGUACUGAAUAAUGCAGUUAACACGUAAUUUUUUUUUUUUUAAAUUAUUAACAGAAGUAAUUAAUUAUAAAAAAUAAUUUCUAACAAAUCUAAAUUUCAAAAAAAAAAAAGAUAGAAGCAAAACUUAAUACGAUGUAGUUUUAAUAAAAGCAAUCAAAAAUGGCAGAACCAACCAAACCAAGGUUGGUUUGUUGCAUAGGCGAUAUCCAUGGCUUCCCCACCAAGCUCCAAAAUCUCUGGUCCAAUCUCGAGUCCUCAAUCGGCACAGCUGACUUUAACACAGCCCUUAUCAUCUUCUUGGGCGAUUACUGCGACCGCGGCCCCAACACCCGCGAGGUCAUUGAUUUUCUCAUCUCACUUCCUUCUAAGUACCCACAUCAGACCCACGUCUUCCUCUCCGGAAACCACGAUUUCGCCUUCGCUGCUUUCCUCGGCCUAGUCCCUCAGCCGCCCGACGGCUCGGAGUUCGCCGAGGCUUGGAAGGAGUACGAAGAAAAUGAGGAGAGAGAAGGGUGGUACAAAGGAGAAGGGUAUGAAAAUAUGCAUUUGCAGGGAAGGAGAUGGUCUGGGAAAAUCAAGGCCAAGUUCAACGUAGCCAAAGGGAUGGACUAUAAAGGAUCCAUUUAUGACGCUGCCCCAACUUUUGAAUCUUAUGGUGUUCCUCAUGGCUCUGCUGAUUUGGUUCGGGCAGUUCCUGAUGAGCACAAGAAAUUUCUUGCUGACAUGGUUUGGGUUCAUGAAGAGGAUGAUGUGUGUAUUGAGACUGGAGAUGGAAUCAAACACUGUAAAUUGAUAGCAGUACAUGCUGGUUUGGUGAGCAAUCAAGAUGUUAAAGAACAGUUGAAGUUUUUAAAAGCCAAAGAUACCCGAGUGCCUAAGGUUGAUAGUCUGAGUGGGAGAAAAAAUGUGUGGGAUAUGCCAAAGGAACUAAGUGAGACUCCGACCAUUGUGGUAAGUGGUCACCAUGGAAAGCUUCACAUUGAAGGUCUGAGGCUGGUUAUCGAUGAAGGUGGCGGCUACGAGCAUAAGCCAGUGGCUGCAAUUGUUCUCCCCUCAAUGAAAAUAGUACGUGAUACAGAUGAUUCUCUUGCAACAUAAGCUCAAGUUUUAUGGUCUGUUGUCAUAAUGAUGUAUCUGAAAUGAAUUACACAUGCAAUCUAGCCCCAACUUCCUCUUUAUCAUUUGUGUAAACGACUCAGUUUGUGUUUAUAUAUUAUUUGGUUGUGCA